AUGGCCUUCAUCCCAACCGCGCGCCGCCGUCACCUUGUCGGCCCGUGCGCGGCGUUGUGCCUCUAUCGCCGUUCGCUCGAGCCAGGGCAAACUGGAGCCGCGCCCAACCAGCGCAAGCGCAAGGCUUCGGCCUCCGCCGCAGCCGCUGAGGACGACGCGGAGGCGGAGGAGCUGGAGAGUGUGGAGGAGCUGGAGAGAGAGGUCGCCGAUCUGGACCGCCGCAUCCUCGAGCACCUCCGCGGCACCGCCACCCGCCUCUCUGACGCUGCCGUCUCCCGCGUCACCGCGCUCCGCCCGACCGCCCGGCUGGAUGUCAAGGUUUGGAACUAGAGCUCGUCGAUGGUGGGAUGAAGAGGACGAAUCUGAUGUUGACGAUCUCUUCAUCAUUG